GUUCACUUGGGCUCUGUAUGGCCGUUUGAAGUAAACUACUGCGUUCCACCAGUGUAGCGACUAGCCCCACAGUUUGAGAACGAUUUAUUGAUGAAAACGAACGAAAACAGACGACUAAUGAACUGAACUGUACAAAAAAUUUAUCUCAACUGAUGUCCAUGUGUUUUUAGUGAGCAAAUUUAUUCGUUUCAGUGAUCAGUGUUGAGUGUUUAGAUGAAUUUGUGAGUGACACUCGGGAGUCCCGUUGGCCGGUAUUCUAUCAAAAAAUACGGGGCUGUGUCAUGAAACGACUUUCUUCAGACAAAAUGGGGCGAGAAUUCUAAUCCAUCAUGCGCAAAUUAAAGAAGAUUUAUCGCCUGCUCAUCGUUCUUGGAUGACAUAGGUCGGUGUUGAAUACACGAUGUCGCAGUCAGCUCUCGGCCUCGGCGGGGAGCGCCGGUACUCUGUACCCUCCAACCCGCUGAUGCACGACCCUCGUGGCAUGCAUUCUGAAGACCUGCACGCAUGGUCUAUAUACAGACAAAAUCUGAACUCGGACUUCACAGACAGCGCUCUCGGUAGCACCGACAAGAGUCCACUUCCAUAUGGCAACUUUCAGCUUCGUGACACCACCGUGCAGUCUAUAUUAUCACAUCCUCGAUAUGGACCCAAAUCCGCACUUGGUUCGAAUAUGUACACGUACCUAAAGUUCGGUCUGCCGCGAGUGUUCCCACCGAACCAUAACGGCUCGCAGAGAUCCGGUACACCCAAACCGAAAACGUCCAUCGGUAGUGGAAUGAAACCAGUGCCAAGGAUACAUCGGCAAAGUCGAGGAGUUCGAGAAACGUCGUCAGGCUACGAUAGUUCAGACAACGAAACCACUACUAACUACAAGUACAGUCGGAAAUACAGAUCCGACCCAGACUUCCGGAUGCAGAAUUUACAUCAUUCCUAUCAGCCGGGUACAGGGGUGCCGUUAGUGGCGAUGCAGCAGGCUGGCAUACGGGAACAGCACUGGACGAGCAGUCGGAACAAGUCUGUAAGCGAGGCCAACUUGCUCGGCAUUGAUGCGAGGCCCCAGCGCUCACAGUACACCAACAGGCGGAACAGCGUGGCGGAGUUUGCGCCAGACGGCGACCAUCACAGCUAUUUAAUGCCAGCAUCGCAUCUGGGCGGGCGCAUCUCAAAAGCAGGCAGUCAUAUGUCAGUCGCUCAGUCAAGGAAGCACUCGACUCUACGACCCGGAGAUUAUAUAGAUGGAUAUGCACAUUCCGCUUAUAUAUACCCUAAUUAUUAUGUAAACAGUUUAGAAAUAACGUCACCAGAAAACAAAUCGACUCUCCUGGUGUCUGGUCUUAGUUUUGAAGUAAAGUCUGGGGAGAUCCUGGCUGUGCUUGCGACAUCUCAACACGAAGCCACGGGUCUGCUGGACGUUUUAGCUGGCGUUAGAAAGAAAUUAUCAGGCGACAUAGUGCUUAACGGGCAGCCUGUAGCCUCGUCAACUUUACGCAAGGUAGCAGCGUACGUCCGCAAAGAUACUUCAUUGUGUCCCUCAAUGACAGUCGAACACACGUUGCGAUUUCAUGCCGCGUUACGAAGGCCGAGGAGUAACCACAAUCAAGUAAAAAUGUCUGAUAGAGAUAGAAUAAAUCUUCUUAUAGAAGAAUUAGGACUUGAGCAAGUACGAGAUACAAAUGUAGCACGUCUCACUCGUUCAGAAAUACGUAGAUUGAACGUUGCCUGUCAGCUGUUAUUAGAUAUGGCGGUACUUAUUCUAGAUCAGCCAACAAAGGAAAUGGACAUUUUUGAUACGUUCUUCUUAGUCGAAUAUUUGAAAAACUGGGCCAGUACUGGACGGGUGGUCAUAAUGUCAUUACAUCCCCCGACCUAUGAAAUUUUUGCUAUGUUAACAAAGGUGGUACUAAUAUCUGCCGGUAGAACUAUGUUUAGUGGAUAUAGGAGAGACAUGUUGCCAUAUUUCACCUCAAUCGAUUACCCUUGCCCUGCCUUUAAGAAUCCAUCUGAUUACUACUUGGACUUGGUGACGCUGGACGAGCUGUCGGCGGCGGCCAUGUUGGAGUCGUCGGGCCGCAUCGAGGCGUUGGCGGGCGUGUUUGCAGGCGCACACGCUCCGCCUCAGCCGCCACCCGCCGUGCCACUGCCCGCGCCCGCGCCCUCGCCACAUGCACUACUACAGGCCUUCGCAUUACUCGAAAAAAGCUUAGUCUUCACGCAGAUGUCCACAUUAUCCAAUGUGGUCUCCCGCGUGUUGAUUGCCGCUAUCAUGUCCCUCGUCACUGGAACUAUAUUCUGGGAUUUACCAGCCACAGAUUCAAAGUUGACGCAAAAUGAUAGAAUAGGCUACCACUACGCAGUGAUGUGUCUGACGGUGUGGCCGAUUCUAUUGUGGCUGAGUGCGCGAGAGGCCAGCUCUAUGCGGCACCACGUAGAGAGGGACAUCGCAGUAGGCCUAUACUCGAGGACGAUAUUCAUACUUUUUGAUCAAUUCCUCGAGCUAUGGUCGGCCGUUCUAACAUGGCUGGCGUUUAUAGUUCCCAGUUACGCCAUGACCGGAUUGUACGCGCAGACUCCGGGAUCUUUCGAUGGAUUCUAUAUACAUAUAGGAUACAUGCUGCUCUAUCUAAUAAGCGUACAAAUGUUAUGCCGCGCGACGAUAUUCCUUGUGCCAAUGGAGAAGACGGCCGCAACGAUAGCGGGCUUCUGUCUCCUGCUCAGUACCCUGGUGAACGGCGUAUUGCUGCACCAGGCGGACCUGCCGCAGUACGCACGAUGGUUGGAGUACGUGUCACCGUCGAGGUGGACGAUGCCGGAAGUAUUGCAGAAGGAACUCAGCGAAACAGCGUUGAGGAACAGUAUUAGCAAGGAUAUUAGAUGUACUAACAAACAGCGACCAUACCAGGAUAUCAUAGUGCAGUCGCCGUGUCCACCGCCAAACGGGACGCAAGUUCUAUCCAACUACGAAUACCUGCGCAGCGACAAUAUAUGGGAGAUGACCGAACAUAGUUUCCUCAUCGCUUUGGCUGUUUUCUAUGCGGUAUUCGCUCUAGUCGCCAUGUUUGCUUUCAUCUUCGAUUGCACUAAGUACGUUAAGAGUAAAGAACGAAAGUCCACCAAGGGACACAAAAUUAAUGCUAAUACGCCUUAAAUUGACUUGUUUAUGCCACAGCUGUUCCAGUAUGUGGGGUGAGAAAUAGUAAAAUUAUAAGGACCGCAGGUAGAAAAGUUUAAUAAUGGGACCAAGGGAGUCUCUAAUUUUGCGAUAUUCAUCAAACUGUUCAUGUAUAUAAGUUAACACUUGUCAUCAAGUGAGCCCUUAGCUAAUUUGCAUAAAAAUAGGUUAAAAAUGUUCAGGUCUACUAUCGAAUCACAUUGGUGCUUAAGUGCAUUUAUUAGUGGCAUCACAACCUUCAUAUUCGUUCUGUCAUGAUAUAUUGAAUAUAGUGAAUGAACUGAGUUUGCAGUUGAGUAUGUUAUUGUAAUGUAUAUUAGUGUAAUAAAACAAAAAAGUGUAAAAAGAACGAUGAUUUCUGGUACAGUUUGUUCUUCAGUUGUAUGCAACACGAAUAAAUAUCAGAAUCAAAUCGAAACGCUGCAAACUUUAGACAAAUAUUGUUUCAUCAGAAGACAAAAUUCAUAGUUUUAAAAAAUGAUUAGUUUUCACGAAACUUGUAUAAGUCGCAAAAUUGUUGAUUUGUAAAUUGAAUCUUUUUUUAUAUUAAUCUUUUACGCUUGUAUAUGAUUAAAUAAAUUAUAUUAUUGCAUGAUUUAAGAGGGCAUACAAUGUUUAUAAUUUUGCGAUGAAAUAUUAUGCAAAAUUGGAUUAUAUUUGCUCAAGUCUGAGUGGAACACGUAUUUAGCUAAAUAUAUAAUAUUAUAUUAAAUUAUUAUUAUAACUAGAAUUUAAUGUACAAAAACAAGAAUAUAGUAGAUAGAUACUGUAUAUAACAGUGAGUUUACAAGGCUGACUAACGUCUUCCGUCCUUAUAGACAUAUUAUGAGAAGUAUAUAUUUAAAAAAAAAUGUAUAUAUACCUACUACGAUUAUAGGUUGCAUGUUAUAAGUGUGAAUUGUAGUUCAAAGUAUAUAAAAAUUAUAUACUAUAUAAAUUGUAUAAUUGCAAUAUGAUCGUGUAUGUAUAUUAUAUGCCUCAGUAUAUAUUUUUAUUUGCUUUGGACAAUAGUCCUUUCUAUAGAGAGAAGUACAAGUAGUAUACAAUUGUAUUCUUAAUUUUGUUUUAUAUUGACGAAUUUUUAUAUUAUAAUUCAUUAAUAUAAAAUAUUUACACGUUUUCCAGGAAUGGAAUGUGUAUACGUUUAAUAAUAAUAAUGUAUGUCUGUAUUUUUAUAUACAUACCUAUACUUAGUGUAGAUUAUUAUAAAUGUGCCGAAUGGUGUCUAAUAUUUAGUCAAUUUAAACUCCGAAAUCACAAUUUUAUUAAUAAGAUAAUAGAUAAAUAUUAUUAAUAUUCUUUCCCACAUUUUUCCUCUAAAAUGUGGUGUCUAUGAAAUCUAUUUCUUUCUUUAUUGCUUUCUUCUUCCUCUUGAAUAAUAGAAGAGAAAAGUAAGUGUUAUGUUUACUAUAGAAGGCCUAAGUAUAUAAGGUAUAAAUGACAUUUUUUGUAAAUAUUAUUUGGAUAUAAAUAACACUGCCGUGUCUAAUGCUCGUUGGGAUUGUUUGUUUCAAAUUUUCCUAUAUAAACUUGUUAUAAGCUAUGCGAAAAUUGUAAUAAAACUAUAACAAAUCAUUGAAUGUUAAGCAUAAUAAUAAAAGUGGCGCCAUAUCACUUAAAUUAUAGAAAAUGUAAUUGUUAAGUUACCUUAGUUCUCGAAUAUGGUAUCAUGAUAAUAAAAGAAAUAAUAAA